AUGCGUCAUACGUCAUCACGUACACCAACGUAAACAAACAUUUGGUUUGAAACCUUAACGUGAUAGAUAUUUUAGAGUUCUAAUGUAGUUCCCCUUCCUCUGUUAAAGCUGAUUUUCGUCCUCAUUCAAGGAGUAAGCUGCUGGAAACAUUGUCAUGACAGGACUUGUAGAGAAAUCUCGAUGGUAGGCAACGUUACUCCUAGACAGGGUUUCCUCCUUCAUUAAUGAAUGUCCAGCCGGUAGACCACGGGGGCAGCAGAAGAGGUCACAUAAGAGGUAAUGUUGUUUCGCCGUAUCUCUGCUCCUGAGCUGUUUCAAUGAGGCUCUGCAUGAUUUGGUGAUAUGCUGUAAGAAACACACCUGCUUUCGUUAUUUCAGGAUAUGAGCUGCCUUCAGGAGUUAGGUGAUCCACAGACAGGAUGAUCUACGUUAUAAUGGGAGUCUCAGGAUGUGGGAAGUAUGUAUGUUCAAAGUUUCUACAAACUUCAAGAGAUAUUACGACGUAAAAUCAAGUUAGGGUCAAACACACCGUAACGUCGAGUUAAACACCCCGUCGAGAGACGAAUGUUGCCGACAGCUUGCUUCUCUACCAACCUUCUCUGCCUACCAACCUCUUCUUCUCACAACCGGGCGAGUCCAUCGAUUGCAGCGGGGGGACGCAGCUCAAGGAAGAACAUUUAUGGUCAUAACUUUAUCUUGAACUAUCCUUGAAGUUAUAAUUAUCGUAUUAAUCAUUUUGCACUGUAGACGCGGUAGUUCUUCCGACUUAGCGGCUCUGUUUGAUUGCAUUUCCAUGAAGCAAUAAUCAUAAAUGUUCUUCCUUAAGCUGCGGAACUCCGCCGUAGUCAAUGGACUUGCCCGGAUGUCUCCGUACAAACAAGCGACUGCUGGAAGAGAGAGGGUGAGUUGUGUUUGGUCUCUUUGCUAAAGAAUUUAGGCAAAUCUUAAAAAAUGUUUGGUGGCUAGUGCUAUGGCUGGGACCCUAUAUGUACCCUGUAUGUUCUGAGCAUUAUUUGUGGCUAUAGAGUGGCGUUUUGGUUGAGCCCGUGGCUCUCUGUAUUGCUAUCUGCGGUCAUUACUAAAGUUGGUAUAACGAGAAGAGCAAGUAGUCGGCAACAUUUAUCUCUCGAGGGGGCGUCUAACUUGGUGUUAGAGUGUGUUUUACUCUAACUUACGCCGGAAUAUCCCUUUAAGGUUGUAUCACUAGAAGCAUAUUAAUUCAAGGAACAGACAUCAUGGAAAAGCAAUACAAAUCUUUGAGAAAAAAGUAGACUAUAGGGUUAAAAGUUUAUGAGCUGUUUGUGUCCCCUCUCAUAACUUUUACACUUGUCUGGCUGAAGGUCAGCAACUGUAAGCAUACUGCAACACAACACUUAAAGAGCUGUGAUUUAUGACCAAAGUGUCACAGCACAGCAUUCUCUGGUUAGUCAGCUGAGUAACCCAAAGAAGAUUUCACUCAAUUUAUGCUAAAUAAAUAAAUGAAUAAAUCACUAAAUAAGUAGAUUUAAAUAAUUAACUAACAGAUCUUUGUCAAUGAAGCUCAAGUUCCAAGAAGAACUUUAAAAAAGUUGGAACAUUUUAAUCCAAUAAAAAUUUUCCAAAAAAUGUUUUAAUUCACAAAUGUGAAAAUAAAUUAAGAUGCGGAUUGGCUUUUUAUACAUUAACUGUUUAUCCAUUGGUCAUCCAGGCUUGAAACUAAAACUUUUUUAUGGCUGUUAAGUUUUUCCAGAAACAGCCGCUCACCUGGUUAAAUGUCUUCAUGUUGACAUUUCUGCAGUGUCUCAGUCCAGUCUGUUAUGUCUUGUCUCUUUUCUCACACAGAAGCACCUUUGGGGCCUUACUAUCAGAAAAGGCAAGUAAAUUCAAGGGAACUACUAUUAAGUUUCCAUCACUUGUAUUCUUUUGUACUUGAUUCAUUUACAGUAAUUUAUCAAAUAUAUAGCAUAUUGGUCAGGGUUUCCUUUAAUCUCUUCAUUUUGCUGUUUUAAACCCUAAGUAAAAAAGCCAAGUGGUCAGUUUUUUUUUCGGUUUCUUCAUGCAAAAUUUCAAUCAAUCAAAUUUUAUUUUUAUAGCGCCAAUUCACAACAGUUGUCAUCCCAAGACGCUUUCCAAAGAAAAAGAGCAGGUCUAGACCACGCUCAUUGUUUGAUUAAUUAUCAAGACCUUGGGCAGGACCAGACAGCCACCAAGAGAGAUAAGGUUUGAUGCAGCAGGUAUACUAUUUCUCUAGUGUACCUUCCCCAUCACAGCAGUUACAGACAUAAAAAUUAGAGUAUAGAAAUCAAGAAUUUUGUUAUCAAGGACCUCAAUAGUUAUUUCACAGUUUGGAGAGACAUUACUGUUGAUUUCAGUAUGUUUAGUAACCUGUCAAAAACUCCUCACAAGAUGUUUAACUAUGUCGGCAAAUAGAGUUGUACGUAAUGAGCUCUGAGUCUAUGAAUCAUUAGUUGAUAUUCAAUAUUCAAGUCAAAAUGGUAAAAGAGGAAGAUGAGAAAAGAAAAAUGGGCUAGAACGGCUUUAAAAGUGUUUCAUUUGGCUCAGACUGUAAAAAGAAAUGUCCAAUGUUGGUUUCAAACCAAAAAUAGAACAACAGUCAUUUGGUUUCCUAAUCACGAUUGAAAAACAAAAUUUCCAAGGGUAUCUUGACCCGUAUCAAUUAAGUAUAUAUUACAUAAACUAAUUUAUUGUACAUUUAUGAAUCUGUUAUAUUGUUUAUGCUUUGGAAGUAUUGUUCUGGCUUUCAUCCCAAUAAUGCUCAGUUGAAAUGGGUUUAAUAAAAUUGAAUCCAGCCUUCUACAUAUGCACACCUCCACUAUCUUUUACUCACUGUAUAUCUUGAUGGUCAUGUAUUUGUGUGUGUGUGUCUACUCAUCAGCUGGGCUGGCCGCUGCACGAGGGGGAUAACUUUCACCCACAGGAGAACAUUGACAAGAUGGCUCGCGGUGAACCUUUAACAGACCAGGUCAGCCUGGAUGUGUGUCUUUGUAUUUUUUUGUGUGCCUGUGUUUUAGUGAGUGUGUGUGUUCAUGGUGGUGUCUUGUCAGCUCAAAUUGAAUGUCAGUCAUUUCUGGAGUAAGCCAUUUGUCUUCUGUCAUGGGUACAUCAUUCACUCAGACCUGCGGCCACAGAAACUGCGAGUGUCUGGAGAAUCUUCACUGAAGCAGACAGUGAAAACAGCAGGGAUGGAAACAGAGCUUUUACUGGUAUUUAUUGUUUUUUCCUGUCCAUGCUGACUUUCCGAAUAAAGGGAGACGUCCAAACAAUCACCUGGCUACCCGCCAAAGUUGAGUGUACAUGCUCGCAAGCAGAACAAACCCUGCCAGCAUUUGGCAUCAGUUUGUCGUUCGCGCUGUUUGGUGUGUGAUGAUAACCUCCCACUCAGAAAUCUGCUUUCAAACGAGGGGAGAAUUACCCUGGGACCUUCUCUGUGUAAUGCUUUGGCAUGUUUUAAAAAUACUCAACAGUUGGCAGUUUGAGAAUGAAUGAUGAAGUGAAGCAGAAAUGUAAAUUUGGGAUUACUGUCAGACUGUGGUAAAAAUGCGUCUUUAAUGCCAGUACGAGAGUUGGCAGGUUGGUGCUGGCAGAAUAGAACAUGAGAAACAUGUUCUCCCCUUACGUAUGAAAGAACGGGAUUCCAGCUCAGUUGUAACUGAAUUUGGAUGGACUCUGUAAUCACAGUGUUUGUGCCAUAUCUGAUGACUGUGUUUGUCACCACCAUUUGUUCCCCUGACUGUUUUGCUAAAGAUUCAUUGAUUUUUAAAGCUUGUUCGAAUUCAAAUAUUGUCAGUGACUUGGAAAAAUAAAAUCCACUGUAAUUGCUUUUCAACAUGUUCCUCGUGAGAAUGAAGAGUUUCAAAGGAGCAUUGUCUCUCAGUAUCUCUGUUCUGCAGUGCUCUGUAAUGCAUGUUGGCCCCUCAGAUGGGGGGGAUAAUUUACUGACACCAGUCCAGGAGUGUGUUUUCCUUUUCACCUGCUAAGUCGUGUUAAAAAGCAAAACCAUGAGCACCGGUUUAGCCAAGUGGUUUAUGCAGAAGUUCUGGUCCAAACAGGACAAAAAUACCCUCCAGUGUUUAUAUCACAAAUAUAACCAGUUGAUAUAUCAUCCCAUCAGGACAGGCUGCCUUGGCUCCUCAAACUUCAUGAAGUCAUCGAGAGGUAAGAAACAAACCGACACACACUCACACUCACUCUUAUGCAUAUGCACUGAAAACUAACCUACUUUUGAGAGGACCAGAGUGAAGGAGAAACAGAUUAGUUCAGAGAGAGAGCAGAGAAGAUGAGAGCGGUAAGAAUAUGCUAGUGUGAAAUUGUUGGAAAAGAUCAAAAAUAUCACUGAUGGUUUUUAAAAUCGGGCUGAAAACCAGAGAGUGAGGACCGGCACUUUGGAAGAGUAAAGACAGAUUUAGUAAGUGGAGAGAAGAGGUAGGGAGGGCAGAAAAGUGAGCCAUCUCCUUCUUAAAAUGUCUGUGACAACAUCAAAGACUUCUUCUACCUUCACGCUUCCAGACUCACUUACAGUUUGUUUUGCCUAUCUGCUCAUCUUAGCAUCCCUUUCCUUUCCCUUCACCUCCUUAUUCUGUCGAGCCAGCUGUCACCAGACAAAGUUUGAUCUGUUUGUUUUUACAUUUUUUAUGUUGUCCACAAGUUAUGUCACCAGUGAGUGUGUGUGUGUUCUUCUCUCAGAGAAAGGUCUUCAGGCUGUGAUGCUCUCGUGGUUUGCUCCGCUCUAAAGCGUCUGUACAGACAGAUUCUGCUUUUUGGCUCAAAAGCCCUCACUUCCUCCUCCAGUCCAGACAAAGAGAUCCUCCACACCGCCCCGCCUGACAUCUUUUUUCUCUUCCUGCAUGGUGACUAUGAUCUUAUUUACCAGAGACUGCUGGCUCGAAUGGGCCAUUACAUGAAGGCAGACCUUCUCCGCUCCCAGUUUGAAGCUUUGGAGCCUCCAAUGGAGGAGAAUGUGUUAACACUGGAUAUCAGGAAGAGUAUCUCUGAUAUGGCUUUGGAAGUGGAGAAUCACAUCAAGAGCCUCAAGUCUUCAACAAAACCUUGACCUCGAUGAACAAAUUCUAUGUAAAAAGAUUGAUGCUGCAUAGAAAGUCAAUCAAUAAUCAGAUUUCCUGACUUGACAAAGUUUGCUUAUUUACUUCCAACAAAUCUGCAUCAUAGUGUUGUUAUUUUGGCAAAUUCAUGAUCUGUUUCAUUCCAGUUAAAUUAAAAGAAAAUCAUCUGCUCUCAUGGGUACUUACCACUGAAGCAAGCCAGAGUGACGCCCCUGUUUAUCUUACUUUUUUCAGUGAAACCGAGACAAAUUUGUGAAUGGAGCUUUGUCAAGGAAUAAAAAUUAACCAAACCUUUAUUUUGCAGACAUAUACGAGGAGGGGCUAUUUGGUAGAGGGCAACUUCUCAGGUAUUACUUAUUGAUGUGUAAACAAUACAGACACUGGAAAAGGUCUUAACUUGAAGUUGUUUUUUGCUAACAGUUGGCUGCAUUGGGAUUCCAGAAAAGUUAGCUCAGGUAGUAAAAAGCUGAAUUUCUCUUCAAGCUUAGUUGGACCCACAUCUGUGAUUCCCAGAUGAGUAGGUCUUUUGAAUUUUGUCAGCUUAUGACUUCUUUUGUAGAGCCACCUUGAGGCUGCAAUGUCUUUCAUAAUAUGCAAAUAAUGUUAAUUUGCAAGUAACAUGAUAUUUUAUAGAACAUUAAGUGCAUUUCUGACCCCUGAUUGCUGUUUUUCAAUCAUAUAUUUUUUUGAUCUCAUUAUGGUGGAAUCUUAAAAGUUUGUAAGUUUGUGACACAAGUUUGUUAGACUACACUGGGUGAGUUGUGGUUUACAAAACAUUAAAAAAUUAUGAAAUAAAGAAUGAGGAUAUUUGAUUUAAA